AUGAAUGAUUCUAGGCAGCAGUCUCUAUUUUUCAUCGCACUUCCAGAUUUACGUAAACUCUGUGCAGUCAGAAUAAUAUUGAGGAAUGAGGUGACAGAUACUGAAAUUAAAAGUACACAAAUGAAGAUGUGCAGGCAAUUGCUGGUUUUGCAUCAAGAUAUUCUUACGUCACCUGUUGCUGGAUUAGUAAACCAAAUUUGGGUGGUAAUGGCGAUAUCAUUUUAUAAAGCUGGAAAACUUAAUGACUAUAUUGAAAAAUGUGGAGCUAAGAUAGAAGCUCCACAGAAAGUAAUUCCUAUAAUUCUUCAAAACUGCCUUUCAUAUUCACUCACGACUAGACUUGCUCCAGCCUGGAAUAGAACUGGCCAUCUCUUGGUACAAGGAAGAGAUUUUCUUUCUCAGAUGGGAAAGCAAAGUGCUGUUGUAUUAGGCAUCAAUGUAACAGAAACUCAAAUUUGUCUAAUUAUAGAAGCUUGCACAAUCAGACUGCCACCACCUGAGCUAAAAGAAUUUGAUAUUUCUCAGAGUAUUAUAAAGGAUUUUUACACUAACAAGAAUGCUGUCAUUGAGAAACAUUCCAUUUUAAGCAACUGGUGCUACGUUUUGCCAAGUAUGAAAAUGGGACAGAUUAUAAGUAUUCUUCAUACCAUGCCUCCUCACUGUCCUUUUCACUCAUAUGAAGAUCUCCAGGUAUAUUGGGAUGACAUGUAUGGCUAUAAACUUCCAGAAGAUUGUGAAAAUACUAAAAUAUACUGCAGCAUCUAUUUCAAAAUGAUCGGAGAAGGGACCUUCACAUAUCCUCUCAGUUGCAUCAGAAGUCAGCCCAUACAAUUUUUUCCAAGGGUAGAUUUGGAAGGUGUGUUGAAAAGUUUUCUUUCAGAUUUAAAAUCUAAACUGACUCAUAUGUGUGGAUUUCCCAUAAAGAUGACAGAUAAACCAUGCUACUACACACAAGAACUAACUAAACCUCAUAUACAGGAAAACAAAGUCAAGUUGCCCAAUUUGACUACUAAAAAAAUGUUCAAGACAUCUCUGACUGAAGCCACUUCCAUAAAACCUGCCUUGACUCAAAACCUUCUAUCACGUUCAGUAGCAGCAGACCACAAGGUGGAGCUUUCAGCUAGUCAGCCAAAGUCAAGCACUUUCUCAGCUCUGCAUCUGCAGCCAGAGUUUCUUCUGGGUAGAAAGAAAUCCCUGUCUAACAAAGCAUCACAAGUACAUUUGGAAGUAUUAAAGCCCAACAGAGGAAAGACCCAAGUUCAACACACAAAUCUUAGCUCCCAGAGUAACAUCACCCCUAAAUUCGUACCAGUUUUCAAAAAUAGAUUGUUACAAGUGAACAAAAAUAUCUCAGCACUUGGCAACCUGAAAAGAAAACAGCAUGUUGUUACAGACUCUAAAUUGUUUUCUCUUAAAACUAGCAUGAUUCAGGAUGACAAACUGAAUUUAGGUCCAACAAUUAAAAAAAGAUCUAUUAGUAACAUUCAGAUGCAUGCUCGAAAUCUAAAUCAGAAGAGCUCCAGACCUCUACAAGAAAAAAAUGCUGAGUCCUGUGACAGUAUGGCAAAAUUUCCCUCUUCUAAUGGAAAAUCAGCUGUGAGUUUGAAUGAAAGUAAACAACUAUCUAAUAGUGCGGUAUUUCAGAUACCAAAUAUCAAAGUAGGGAUGAUAAAAAGUACCACUGACUUCCAAGAAAAUAGAAAAGAAAAUUUAACAAACAAAUGCGCAACACAAAUUUCAGGGAAAGGCCAUGAGUCAUUACAACUGAAAAGACAACCACACAUUUUUGAAUCAGACACAGAAAUGGAAGGUCCCCAACUGCUACUGCAACAAUCAGAAAAUCAAGUUAAAGAAGUUGAUGUCAGAGAUCACAGAUUGAUAGUAAGCAGAACAGCCCACAGAUCUGAAAGGAAAUUAUGUCUAGAGUCUUCAAAAACUUCAAAGAAGCGCCAUUCCAGUACUAUCUAUUAUGGGCAAUCCAGUUCUUCCAACAACCAGAUGGAUGACUUUGAUCAAUCAAAACCAAAGAAAUCUCUCAUCAUUCCUAAUGCUUGGAAGUGA